UUUUCCUCUGCACAGCAACCAAUUACAUUGCUUCUUUCAUUUUUCACAGGACAUUUUAAAAAAUGAAAGAAGCGAUCUGAUUGGUUGCUAGGGGCAACUGGUCAACUUUUUCUCAGCACAGGGUAAUGCAGGCAGCACAACAAUAGGACACAAACAAUUACGUCGGCAUUAAGAAUAAAUGAAUGGAGUAUAUAAAGGAUCUCCUCCAGAAGUGGAGAGCACUGGUACAGAAGAGCACAGCAGACCUUCCUCCCAUCACUGCUGCCUCCCCAGACUGAGAGGAUGCCUGACACCUCCAUCCCUGCCUGCUUCCUCUGCCUCCUGGCCUUGUCCUCAGCAUGCUACAUCCAGAACUGCCCCAGAGGGGGCAAGAGGUCCUACCCCGAUACAGAAGUCCGACAGUGUAUACCAUGUGGCCCGGGGAAUAGAGGGAACUGCUUUGGACCAAGCAUCUGCUGUGGAGAAGAUCUGGGAUGUUACGUUGGGACCCCUGAAACUCUUCGUUGUGUGGAAGAAAACUACUUACCUUCCCCUUGUGAGGCCGGUGGGAAACCCUGCAGCAGCGGAGGCCGAUGUGCCGCACCGGGAAUAUGCUGCAGUGACGACACCUGCAUUGUGGACUCCAGCUGCCUGGAUGAGGACAGUGACAGGAGACGGGUGUCCCCGGAGCAGAACAUGACCCAGAAGGACGGCUCCGCCAGCGAUCUCCUCCUGAGACUCAUGCACAUGGCCAACAGACAACAACAGCAAAGCAAGCACCAGUUCUACUGAGCGCAGCCGCCUGCGUUACCUCAUGUACUUCGUGUACGGCGCCUCCCGGUGGCGGCUUUGUCACUGGCCCCUUAUGUAAGAACGUAUUCAAACAAAUGGCUGACAGUAUAUUGUACAUAGAGCAAAUAAAGUCUUUUAUUGCACUGU